AUGGAUGUUAUCGAUGCUCAUUUUCUCUCGCUCUCUGGUUUGUUUCUCUCUCUUGCUAUCUUUUUUGUCCGUUUCUAUCAGUUGACGGAGGAACUUCAGGGAAGAAGUGCAAAUAAUGAGAUGAGAGAGCUUGUCAAGCUACUGUCCAAACCACAUAUAAAGAGUUUGUUGUCAGUUCAUGAUACUGUGGCCAGGAAGAGUUACGAUCCAGAACUUCCUCCUCUGCCAGAUGACAUUGAUGAUGAUGAAGAUUCUGUCAAGAUCAUUCGACUGGUCAAGAAUAAAGAGCCUUUGGGUGCCACCAUAAAGAAGGAUGAACACACUGGAGCAAUCAUAGUGGCGCGCAUCAUGAGGGGUGGGGCAGCAGACAGAAGUGGGCUGAUACAUGUCGGAGAUGAGCUGAAAGAGGUCAACGGUAUCCCUGUAGAUGACAAAAAACCUGAGGAAAUUAUUUGCAUCCUGUCCCAGUCGCAAGGUGCCAUCACUUUCAAAGUAGUCCCAGGCAUCAAAGAGGACGCACAAAGCAAAGAGCCCAAGAUGUUUGUAAAGGCGCUUUUUGACUACAGUCCAGCUGAGGAUAAGGCGAUCCCUUGCAAGGAGGCAGGUUUGGCAUUCAGAAAGGGAGAUAUCCUGCAGGUUAUGAGCCAGGACGAUGCCACCUGGUGGCAGGCCAAACUGGAGGGUGAUGGCAACCCGCGCGCAGGACUCAUCCCAUCCAAACAUUUUCAGGAGAGGAGGUUUGCAGUCUGGAGACCCAUGACCAUCACAACUCUUCAGAGAACCCCCAGCAAAAGAUUUUAUUCAUUUAUAAAUUGUUUGGAGGACAUUGAAGAGGACACUGAGUUUGCCUCCUAUUUAAGUGGACUCCAUAUUGCGGGUCUACGGAGGAGUUUUCGUCUCAGCAGAAGAGAUAAGAAGACAAAUAAAUCGAUGUAUGAAUGUAAGAGAAGUGAGCAAUAUGACACAGCUGAUGUGCCCACUUAUGAAGAGGUGAUGGCCUACCGCAGAAAACACGGAGACAGGCACAGACUUGUCUUGUUAGUUGGUCCUUCUGGUGUUGGUUUGAAUGAGCUAAAAAGGAAAUUGUUGAUAUCCGAUCCACAACAUUUUAGUAUCACCAUCCCACAUACCUCUCGAUCAAAGAGACAUCAGGAAAGUGAUGGAGUGGAGUAUCAUUUUAUCUCCAAACAUCUUUUUGAGGCAGAUAUUCAGAACUGCAAAUUCAUUGAACAUGGAGAGUAUAAGGGAAACUACUAUGGGACGAGCUUCGACUCUGUACAUUCAGUUCUUUCUAAGAACAAGGUGUGCCUUCUAGACGUACAGCCACAUACACUAAAGCAUCUUCGCACAGCCGAGUUUAAGCCCUAUGUUGUGUUUGUGAAACCUCCAUCCAUCGAGCGUUUGAGCGAGACCAGGAAGAACGCAAAAGUCAUCUCAGGCAAAGACGAUAAGAACUCAUCCAAACCCUUCUCGGAGGAGGACUUCCAGGAGAUGAUCAGUGCUGCUCAGAUGAUGGAAAACCAGUAUGGUCACCUCUUUGAAAAGGUCAUCGUGAACGAUGACCUCACGAUUGCCUUCAACGAGCUCAAGCAGACGCUCAGGAAAGUGGAGACAGAUACUCAGUGGGUGCCCGUAAGCUGGACUCAUUCCUGAGUGGUGGCACAAAACAGGACAAAAGGAACAAGGCAUCAAAUUUGGGG